CAUUCUUAAUGAUGAACUGAUACCUGUGGAUAUAAGUCUGUAACCUGUCGCGAUUAAAUUGACAACAAAAAUAACUUACGACAAUAAUGAAGCAGCCGAAUAAACACGGUUCGGUUUAAUACGGUAUAAUACACCAACGAUAACCGAUGAGUUUAAUUGAGGAAUCAACUACUGACGAGCCGUAUCUUCGCUAGCUCGCUCGAAGUGCUUUGUCGAUGAGGCGAGCAUCGGUCGCUGCUUCUAACAAUUGCCAGCAAUAUGGACAAGCGUGGAAAUGAUAAAAAUGCCGAGAGAUCUAACGUCAUUCACUAUGUCGCGAAAAAAACCACGCUACUAAACCGGAUAUCCGGCAGCUGCGAUGUUAACAUCAGUAAGCUUAGGGCUGGAAUGCUCGUCGAAGCUGUUGAGGUACUGAGAGACGGUGGAUUGCGGAUACGUGUCACGGAUCCAGCUGGUGCCGAUGUUUGGAAGAAUACGGAGUGGCUCUGUCAUCGUUACGACCUUGUCCCUGUUUCGUCGAUCAUGUGGCAGUACUUAGCCGCUGUUGCGUCGCCUCAGGAACGGGUCAAACUUGCUACGGACAAACAGUUGUGCAAGGAGUUGAACGAUAUUAAAUUAAACAGUAAAGUUCUGCUGCAAAAUGAUUCCGCACCCUCUUCUGGAGAACUGAUUUCUGCUGUCAUUAAAUACAUCGGCCCUGUUCCUGAGCUCGGCUUUGGGCUGUACUUUGGUCUUGAGAUUUUGGGGAAUCGACACUCCAUCCAAAAUGUUGAACUAACUCAGAAAUAUUUUACGACAUCGGCGCAAGGAAUUGGGAUAUUUGUAGAUCUGAGUAACAUUAGACCAUGUAAAACGGAUUUAUUGGAUUUUGGAGAGCUUGAGAGAGGAAAUAUCGAUAUCAUUGACAAUGUGACCAGUGUUUGUAACGUUCCAGUGAACAACGAAAGUCAAAAUGUCGGUCAUGCAGAUAAAUUUGGAGAAUUGCACAUAGGAUCGUAUGUGGAAAUACAAUUGGGAUCGUCCAGAAAUUAUGGUUUCAUUCGCUGGAUCGGCGCUCUCCCUGGUAUUCCACCCGAGAAGCUUAUAGCCGGUGUUGAAUUGGAGGAUGAGCAUCCGCAGGGAACCGACGGCGCAUGUAACAACGUAAGAUACUUCCACUGUAAACCACACAGAGCUGUGUUUGUGGAUAUAAAUCAAUGCCAUUCGCACAACAGAAUAGACGAUGGUGAGCCUAAGAAAAUGGAAUUUGACAAAUUUGGCAAUACCGGAAAUUCCGUUGUGGCGGGAAUGGUUCGCCCGAUAUCUGUGAAAGGUGAUCUCGAAACAAUUUGUGGAAAGUAUCGCGGGAUUCAGGGACAUCACAACUCCUGUUACCUGGACGCAACUCUUUUCAGCAUGUUCACGUUCACUAAUGUCUUUGACAGUCUUUUGUUCAGGCCUCCCAAUGAAAAGGACUGUGCUCAGUACGAAGAAGUGCAGCGAGUUCUUCGCGAGGAGAUUGUAAACCCUUUGCGAAAGAAUUUAUUUGUCAGAGCAGAUCGUGUUAUGAAGCUUAGAACUUUGCUUGAGAAGUUAUCGUCCAUAUCGGGACUUACUAGCGAAGAAAAAGACCCUGAAGAGUUCCUCACUUCUUUGGUAGCUCAAAUAUUGAAUGCAGAACCAUUUUUAAAGCUAAGUUCUGGGCAGGAUGCAUAUCACUAUCAACUAUUUGUAGAGAAGGAUGAUCACCUAAAUUUACCCACCGUUCAGCAACUCCUCGAACAAAGUUUCCUCACUAGCGAUAUAAGAUUGAAAGAAGUUCCUUCAUGCCUGAUAAUCCAAAUGCCGCGGUUUGGAAAGUCCUUUAAAAUGUAUCAGAAAAUACAACCCUCGCAGCUCCUCGAUGUAACAGACAUCAUCGAAGACUCACCCCGGCAAUGUACCGUGUGCGGAAAGUUGGCGGAAUUUGAAUGCAAAGAGUGUUACGGACAAUGUGGAGUUGGCCUGGAGAGUAUAGCAUUUUGUGUUAAGUGUUUAGAAAAGGUACAUAGUCACGAGAAGAGGAAGAGCCACAAAGCCAAAAAGUUAACGGUUCCUAUCGAAUUUGCAAUACUGCAGGAGCACUGCCCCGUUCCACGACUCUACAUGGAACUCUCCGCUGUUGUAUGUAUCGAGACAUCGCAUUACGUCUCGUUUGUCAAAUGCGGAUCCGGUUCAGAUGCGCCGUGGUGCUUUUUCGACUCAAUGGCAGACCGCAAGGGAGAACAAAAUGGUUAUAACAUACCAGAGAUGGUUCCGUGCCCCGAUUUUCCGUACUGGUUAAGUGAAGAUGGGGCACACUACUUAGCCGAAUUGACUGAUGAUCGACAGCUACCUGAACACGCUAAGCGAUUACUGUGCGACGCUUACAUGUGCAUGUAUCAGUCGCCAGAUGUGAUGAUGUACCGAUAAUCGAAUCGGUGAAUAAAUCGGUAUUAAUAAUAAAACGAAUGAAAAGUAUUAUGAUUCAGAAAAAGAAAAGAAAGGCAUAAACGAUCCAUUUAAUGAUUACUUUUAUUGAACGGGCAAAUAAACGAAAAUUGAUAUAAUACUUUUAUGUGUUUCGAAUUCGGUGCGCAAAUUUAAAAGCAGCAGCGUAUAUAUGUAUGGGUAUUGAAGUCAGAUUUUAAAAUCGCUCUCAGGUGAUAUGUCUACCUUGCUUCUGUACUUUUUGAUUAUAGAAUAUAAUAACACACUUAAAACGAAGUAUAAUUAUUAAUUUUAUAAUGAAACUAUUGCUGUUGUUAACGUUAUUAUUAAUAUUAUACAUGUAUUAUAAUUAUUUACUGUGAGAUACAUAUGUUUUUAAGUGGAAUUAAAUUUCAAAAUAAGUAGUACUCUCUCUUACAUCUCAAAUCAUAUAGCAGCCUUUUAAUUAAAUGACAGGCCUAAUCUUUUGCUCUGAGCCGUAACGCUUUUCGUCAUACUUAUUAUGUUCAAAAUUACAGUAUUAGAUCGUUAUUUAUUCAAAUACAUACUUAUAUUAUUUACCGAUACAUUAAUCGAAAAUUUUUGGUAAAUUUAUGCAAAAUUUCAAAUUAGCAUAAAUUUGUCAGUAUUUUUAUAAUCAAUUAAUGAAUCGCAAAUAUAAUUCUUAUCUUAAAAUAUCCUUUCUCUCGCUCUCUCUCUAUUUUCUCUCUCUCUCUCUUUGUAAAUAAAUGGUAUUUUUCUUAAUCAUUAGUUUACACCAAAUAGUACGUCUCUGAGAUAUAUUAAAAUUAUCCUAAUAGCUUCGUAAACGCGGCACAAUAUUUGCCUUCGUUACGUUUUUCUAAUUUUAUUAUAUUUUUCAUAGAUAAUAAUCUGUCGUAUAUAUCACUAUAAACUGUUAGAGUCGUUUAGACUGUUAUUUUUAUGUUAUUGAUAUUCUAGUAAAUAUGACAUUUAAUUUCCAUUAGGAUUUGUUGAUUGUCAAAGAAUUUCGAAAGUAUAAGAAAAUCUGUGCCACUGCUUACGACUGACAGACCGAUAUUACUAGAAGUACUCAACAAAAAAGAAAAAAAAAAAACAAAACACACAUUUUUUAAAUGUUACAAAUACAAUUAUUGACCACGUUACUAUCUACUUUUAAAGCUCGCGUCAGCAAAAAAUCUGUUCCAAACACCAUGUUUAGUCAUCAGUAAUGAAUCCAUAAUGUUCUUUUAUGAACUCAAAUACAUCAGUUUCUAUUCGACUGAUGUAUAUAUAAAUUAAUCAUCUUUUUAACUGGUAGAAGAAAAAAAAAAAAAGAGAAUAGAAACCGGUUUAUUUUACCAAAUGGAUUAUUAUCUCCUAAUUUCUGCGCCUGCUGUUACCCAUUAAGUAUUUGAUACUUAAUUGGAUAAUUUAAUCACAAUCUAAAAUCAAGUUUCGACAUUUCUUAUAGACAUGCUACUAUAAGUAUAGGUGUAUAUUCUGCAAAGAAAAUUAACUUCCUUUUAUCCCGUGACGAGUAAAGACAAAUGAAAAAAUAUAAAUUCAAUUUGAAAUGAACGUAGUUGGCAUGGUCAACAGUAACUACUCGUAGAAACAAAAAUUAUCUGGUAAAAGAAUCACACGUACAUUUGAUACUAAGACUACGAAAUAUUAAUGCAAAUGAACGUUUGUAAAGUAACAUAAUAUACUUAAUCGAACUACCAUUUCUUUGACAAGGCACGUUCUGAUUAGAUAAAUAUUUUGUUAUUACCGGAUUUGCAGCAAGUACGAUAUUUUUAUUGUUUAUAGCAACAAUAAAUUUAAUAUGUACGGAAUUAAGUGCCGUUGUUUUGCAAACUAUAUGAUUCUAUUUUCAUAGAUUUAAAACGAUAUCUAUCUUUUAAAAUAGUACUUGUUACUAUUACUACCGUAAUCUACUAACAAUACGGAUGAAGCAAUGUGACCAGAAAUAGAAAAAAAACGCUUCUUGGCGAAAAUGCGAGCAGCGAAGCAAAAUUCCAACAACGAUAGCCAAGUUUCAUUUCGUCGUGGAGUUUUGAAGAAGCAUUUGUAUAUGCACAUAAAUUGAAGAGUUCCUUGGUGAAUAAAAAUGUGCAACAAUUGCACAGUAAUAUUCAAUAUCUUGUCAAGACUGCAGGGAUGUUCGGUUUAAUACCUGGAUUAACAUCAUAUGUAUACCUAAUUCUGCAGAUGAUGUGACUACCCGAAGAAAAAUGGACUAAUUCAAAUCUACAGAAGCUGAGUUUCACUGACAUGUUUGUAACAUCAAUAAGAGAAAACUCGUUUACACAAAUGGUUGGAUGGAUUUUUCAGGCAUAUCAACAAUCGUUUGCUUCUCAGAUCUAAGCUCAAAUACUGAAUAAUAAGUUCGAAAAUGAAAUAACAUAAUGUAACGCUUCGUCAGUUGUAAAAACAAGUUUGAAAAUUGAAUCUGACAUUUGGAACGUGAUAUCUUUGAAAAAUAAUAUUUAUCCAAAGACUAAGAAAUGCCUGGUCAUCUAGUAAUUUCUUUGGCUUUUAUUUUUAGUUUUAAUUCCUAAUUGGAAACAAACCUGCAUUCUUAACGCAGCUAAUAAUA